UCACAGAGGCACUUUCUCCUCGUGAGACCAUCCCGAACUCGUCUGGAGGAGCUGCAUCGCCUCUGGGACCUCCUGCUGAUGAGGACCAAGGAGAAGGGCACGCGCCUCCUGCAGGCCCAGAAGCUGGUCCAGUACCUGCGUGAGUGUGAGGAUGCCCUGGACUGGAUCAGUGACAAGGAGACCAUGGCCACCUCGGAGGAGCUGGGCCAGGACCUGGAGCAUGUGGAACUCUUGCAGAAGAAGUUUGAGGAGUUUCAGACCGACCUGGCUGCGCAUGAGGAGCGUGUUAACGAAGUGAACCAACUGGCAGCCAAGCUGAUACAGGAGGCCCAUCCUGAGGCGGAGCUCAUUGUCCGCAAGCAGGACGAAGUGAACGCCGCCUGGCAGCGCCUGAAGGGCCUGGCCCAGCAGAGGCAGGGCCGGCUGUUCGGGGCGGCUGAGGUGCAGCGCUUCAACAGGGAUGUGGAUGAGACCAUCAGCUGGAUCAAGGAGAAGGAGCAGCUGAUGGCCUCUGAUGACUUUGGUCGUGACCUGGCCAGUGUGCAGGCUCUGCUUCGCAAACACGAGGGUCUGGAGAGAGACCUGGCUGCUCUGGAGGAUAAGGUCAACACACUGGGUGGAGAUGCAGAGCGCCUGCAGCAGACACAUCCCCACAACGCCUCCCAGAUCCACCUGAAGAAGGACGAACUCAUCACCAACUGGGAACAGAUCCGCACUCUGGCCGCGGAGCGCCACACCCGCCUCAACGACUCCUACCGGCUGCAGCGCUUCACUGCUGACUUCAGGGAUCUGACCAGCUGGGUGACGGAGAUGAAAGCUCUGAUCAAUGCUGACGAACUGGCCAAUGACGUGGCUGGAGCUGAGGCUCUGCUCGACCGCCACCAAGAGCAUAAGGGAGAGAUCGAUGCCCAUGAAGACAGUUUCAGAUCCACUGAUGAAGCUGGCCAAGCAUUACUCGAUACAGGGCACUAUGCCUCUGAGGAGGUCAAGGAAAAGCUGGGCAUCCUUUCCUCGGAGAAGGAGUCCCUGCUGGAGCUGUGGGAGGUCCGCAGGCAGCAGUAUGAGCAGUGCAUGGACCUGCAGCUCUUCUACAGGGACACUGAGCAAGUUGACAACUGGAUGAGCAAACAAGAGGCUUUCCUCCUCAAUGAAGACCUGGGGGACUCCCUGGACAGUGUAGAGGCCCUGCUGAAGAAACAUGAGGACUUUGAGAAAUCACUCAGUGCCCAGGAAGAAAAGAUCACCGCCCUGGAUGAGUUUGCUACCAAACUGAUCCAGAACAACCACUAUGCCAAAGAGGACGUUGCUACUCGCAGAGAUGCUGUAAGUACCACGGAAGCUUCAUCUACUUCAGGGGUUCUCAACCUUUUUUGGGCCAGCGCCCCCCUGUCCAUUAUCCAGGUCUCUUACCGCCCCCCAUCAAAAAAAGUAGACUUAUUUUCUUCCCUGAAUAUUAAUGUUGACUAAUAUUCUGUGUUAUAUCAUUUAAAAAGCAUGUCAUGAAUGCCAAAUAAUAGAUUUGAUUUAACUGGGCAGUUGGAAUAUCAUUAUCAUUAGUUUACCAGAGAGCAGAAAAGCCAUGUGAAUGUGAAUAAAAAUGAUAUUUAUGAGUGUUAAACAAACUCAGACAAGAGCAGAGAAUACAAACAGACUGCUACGGAACAGCAGCAAUUUCACACAUGUCCAGUGCAGAACAAACAGUAGGCUACAAAACUGUACA